GCAGGACAGAGACAGUAACAGCGUGUAACAGAACAGGAGCUUUAAUAUCUUUCUGAAGUGGAGUUGGUGUGGAGAUCUGUGAGAGUGAACGCAGGAUGAAGAUCCUCCUCAUCUUCACCCUCUGUCUGAUCUCAGAUGGAGGAGCCUCAAAGGAAGUAACAGGAUAUUCAGGAGGAGGAGUCCUUAUCAAGUGCAAGUAUGAUACAGAAUACAGACAAAAUACAAAAUAUUUCUGUAAGGGUUCAUGGCCAGGCUGUUCUGAUCAAAUAAUGACAGAAGUUAAAAACCAGUGGGUAAAUUCAGGAAGAUUCUCACUGUAUGAUGACACCAAAUCAGCAGAGUUCUGGGUGAUGAUCAGAGAGCUCACUAUACAGGACACUGGGACGUACCAGUGUGGAGUUGAUAUAAAGUCGUGGACAGACAUUUACACCACUGUGGAACUGAACAUAAGGAAGGUAAAUCUAUCAAAUGAGAAGUCCAUCAGUAAGACUGUCCAUGCAGGAGGAGAUUUGACUGUCAGCUGUAAAUACCCAGAAUCCCUCAGGACUAACCCUAAGUUUCUCUGCAAGCAGAAUCAAAAUGGUGCUUGCUCUUACAAAGAGGAAAGUAAAAAAAAUGUAACUAUGGGGAAAUUCUCCCUGUAUGAUGACAGAGCAAUACAAACCUUCAGUGUGAUUAUUAGAGAUGUAACUGAGCAGGACUCUGGUGAAUACUGGUGUGGAGCUGAAGCAGCCUGGACAUCUGAUCAUGGAUACAGGGUUUAUUUCACACGGAUCAACCUGACAGUUACUGAGUCACUUGUCCCAUUUUCAACUUCAUUACCACAAUCAUCAUCAUCAUCUUCAUCAUCAUUAUCAUCAUCCACACUUCUCACAAAUACAUCUUCAACUCCUACAGGAUUUCCAGCUUCCACUGUGAUCACUGUGUCUGUAAUUCUGCUGCUGUUUCUGAUUGGAAUCAUAAUCCUCAUUGUUAUUGUGCAAAAGAAACACAAGAUGCAAGAGGGCAGUAGAGGGCUUCUGGCAGUAGAGCAGUUCACACUGACAUGGAGUAAUACAUAUCAUCAGUAAAGUUAAUUCUGGAGCACUGAGAGGAAAAAUAACUCACACGGAGAAAGAUGCUCACAUGCAGAAUACUAAU